AUGGACAUGGAAUCGCUCAAGGCCAAGGCCAAGGCGAAGCUCGAGGAGGCGGCGACCCACACGAAGACGGCGCUCGCCCAGGCCGCCGAGGACGCGAAGAAGGGCCUCGACGGCGUCAAGGCGUCGCUCGCCGAGGUCGCGGCCGCGGACGGCGACGGCUGGGGCGACGCCGAGGGCCUCAUGCCGCCGGCGCCGGCGCCGGCGCCGACCAUGGCCAGCGGCGGCGACGUCGUCGACGCGGUCCAGGAGCUCCUCGCUGCGAACCCGAGCCUUACGGCCAAGGCCGCGCACGAGCAACUCGCGAAGACCGAAACCUGGAAGCACCUGAACCUCAAGGACGUGCGCCGCGCCAUGAUCGACAUCCGCAAGGGCCGCGUCAAGAAGAAGGACGCGCCCGCGCCGCCGCCGCCCGCGCCCGGCUCGCCGCCCGCGUCGCCGCCGGCGCCGAAGGACGACCCCGUGCUGGCGGCGUACAAGUCCGAGGUCGCGUCCCUCCAGGCCGCCGUCGCCAAGGCCGAGGCGACGGCCGCGGACCUGCGCGCCGCGCUCGCGGCCAAGGCCGACGCCGAGGCCGCCGCCGCGUCCGAGGUCGCGGCGCUGAAAAAGGAGCUCGCGGCCGAGAGCGACGCCGCCGCGAAAAAGCUCGCCGCCGCCGAGGGCCGCGCCGCCGCCGCCGAGGAGCGCGCCGAGCGGGCCGAGGCCGCCGCGGCCGCCGCGCCCGCGGCCGACGCGACGGACGAGGAGAUGUCGGCGUUCCGCCGGUGGAAGGACGCGACGCACGGCGGCGACGACGCCGAAGCGCUCAAGGCGGCGCUCGCCGAGAUGAAGGCGCGCGCGGAAGCCGCCGAGGCCUCGGCCGUGUCGUCGGAGGAACUCUCCGCGUUCCAGCGCUGGAAGAGCAAGACCCACGGCGACGACGACGCCGAGGCGCUCAAGGCCGCCCUCGCGGAGAUGAAGGCGCGCGCGGAAGCCGCGGAGGCGUCGGCCGUUUCUUCGGACGAGCUCUCGGCCUUCCAGCGCUGGAAGAGCAAGACCCACGGCAGCGACGACGCCGAAGCGUUGAAGGCCGCCCUCGCGGAGAUGAAGGCGCGCGCGGAAGCCGCCGAGGCCUCCGCCGUGUCUUCGGACGAGCUCUCCGCGUUCCAGCGCUGGAAGAGCAAGACCCACGGCGACGACGACGCCGAGGCGUUGAAGGCCGCCCUCGCGGAGAUGAAGGCGCGCGCGGAAGCCGCCGAGGCCUCCGCCGUGUCGUCGGAGGAGCUCUCCGCGUUCCAGCGCUGGAAGAGCAAGACCCACGGCGAGGCCGCGGACGCCUCCGCCGCGCCGUCCGACGAGACCGCGCGCCUCACGGCGGAGCUCGAGUCCAUGACGCUGCGCGCCGAGGCCGCGGAGCGCAAGUGCGCCGCCGCGGCGCGGCGCGCGUCCGUCGCCAAGGCCGAGGGCUCCGCGCUCGCGGAGGAGAAGGCGGCGCUCGAGGCGCGGGUCGCCGAGCUCGCCGCGGGCGGCGGCGGCGGCGGCGGCGCGGACCCCGCGGCCCUCGAGGCCGCGGCGGCCGAGGCGGCGGCGCUCAGGGAGUCGGCCGCGGCCCUCGAGGCCGAGGUCGCGGAGCUCAAGGCGUCGGCGAAGAAGGCCGCGAGGGCCGCGGCGCCCAAGAGCGACGACGCGCGCGUCAAGGAGCUCGAGCAGGAGCUCGAGUGGGCCCGCGAGGACCAGGGCGGCGAGACGGAGAUGCUGCGCCGCGACCUCGACGCCGCGAAGCGCGAGGCGCAGGCCGCGCGCGCGGCGCGGACGUCGGAGAUCGGCGCGCUCGAGGAGCGCGUCCGCGCGCUCAAGCAGCAGCUCGAGCAGCAGGGCGGCGCCACGGAGUCGCUCCGCGAGGAGGUGACCAAGGUCACGGACGACGCGCGGUCGUCGACGCAGGCCCUCGAGCGGGAGGUGGCGGCGCUCAAGGAGACGGUCUCCAAGGCCGCGCACGCGAAGAAGGCCGCGGAGGCGCGCGCGGACGACGUCGCCGGCGAGCUCGCCGAGGCCCUCGCGGAGAGGGAGGAGCGCGGCGGCGGCGGCGGCGGCGACCCCGCGGCCCUCGCGGCCAAGGACGCGGAGCUCGCCAAGUCGGCGAAGAAAUUGGACGCGAUCGUCCAAAAGUACAACGAGAUGAAGAAGAAGGGCAAGGAGGCCGUCGAGAAGAUCGCCGCGGAGCACAAGGCCCUCCAGGCGUCGUCGCGGGCCGCCGCAGACAAAGCCGCGCAGGACCUCGCCGCCGCCGCGGCCGCGGCCGCGCCCGCCGCGGCCGCGGCCGACCCGGAGGCGGCCGCCGAGCUCGCGGCGACGCGGAAGAAGCUCGACGCCGUCGUCAAGCGCUACGGCGAGAUGAAGGACAAGUCCAAGGCGGCCAUCGCCGAGCUCCGCGCGUCCCACGCCGCCGCGCUCGAGGCCGCGCGCGCCGCGCCCGCGGCGCCCGCGCCGGACCCGGCCGCGGCCGCGGAGCGCGACGCGCUCCGGGCCAAGGUCGAGGCCCUCGAGGCCGCCGCCGCCGCGGCGCCGCCGCCCAAGGAGGACGGCUGGGGCGACGACGGCUGGGGCGAGGGCGCCGCCGGCGGCGGCGAUGAGGGCGACGACGACGCGGCCGCGCUGCUCGCGCGAAAGGACGCGGAGCUCGCCAACGUCAACCGCAAGCUCGAGGCCGUCGUCGACCGCUACAAGCAGCACAAGCAGCAGGGGAAGCUCGCCAUCGAGCAGCUCACGGCGCGCCUCGCCGAGGCCGAGGCCGGCGGCGGCGGCGGCGAGGCGGCGGCGCCGGCGUCGGAGAAGGAGAAGGCGCUGAAGAAGCAGGUCAUGGAGCUGCGCCGGGACCUCGCCAAGGCGAAGCGCGACGCGCGGAAGCAGGAGCCGGAGGACGACGACGCGGAGCCCGCGGCGCCCGGCGACGCGUCGGCCGAGGUCGGCGAGCUGCGGGAGAAGUUGUCGCGCAAGGCCAAGGAGGCGGCCGCGGAGCGGGCGAAGGAGCGGCGCGCGGCCGCCGAGGCCGCGAAGAAGCUCAAGGCGCUGGAACACCUCGCGGGCAAGCGCCACGCCCGGGUUCGGCGCCACGCGUCGUCGGGCCUCGUCUGCCCGCGCUUCGACGCGGCGCUGCGCUCCGCCGGCGUGCGGCGCAUCCUCGCCAUCGGCGACUGCCACGGCGGCAAGGCGCUCGGCCUCUUCUCGACGCUCGUGCGGUCCCACUUCGAGGGCGGGAGUAUGUACUCCUGGGUCCACGGGAAGCGGUCGCUGCCGCCCGUCGAGUCCGUGCUCGUCAAGAGCGACCGGCGCGGGCCGGGCGUCGUGGUCAUCGCGUUCAGCUACGGCGAGAUCGACUGCCGGUGCCACGCGCGCACCGAGGCGCUCGCGGCGCCCGACGCGCUCGCGCGAGCGUACGUCUCGCGCAUCGAGGCCUACGCCGCGGACGCCGCGGCCGCGCUCGGCGCGCGCGUCGUCGCCGUCGCGCUGGCCGUGCCGCCCGCGAGCGACCAGGGCCGCGACAACCCGCGCGCGCCGUUCGUCGGCCACCUCGCGGCGCGCGUCGCGGCGACGCGGCGCCUCAACGCCGCGCUCGAGCGUGCGUGCCGCGAUUCCACCGUCGCCUUCCCCGGCGCGGACGCGUGGCGCUUCGCCGAGGACCCGGCGACGGGCGGCGGCCUCCGCGCGGACAUCUCCGACGGCCACGUCCACGUCGCCGCGGCGGCCUGCGGGCCCUUCCACGCCCGCUGCCGCGCGGCGAUGCUCGGCGCGGUAACUUAG